UGUUGUGAUUUGUUCAUUUAGUCUCCUGAAUAUUGGCUACUUUUAUGGCCAUUGCUGGUGACCCAUCUGUUCAAAAUUUGAUUUUUCCAAAUAGGAUUCUUGAAAUCCUGAAUAUUAUAAGUAAUUAAAAAGAUCUCUCUCUCUCCUCUUUUUGUAUGUGCCAUAAAGAGAUUACUUGAAUAUAUAUGGAAUUUAAAUAGUCUCCUUUAGCUGUGGGUCUGAUCUUUUACUUCCUAAAACGUAGUAUCAUACUUGACCAAUUUAAUUCAUCUGUAUUACUUGAGCAAUAGCCCACCACAGACUUGGUGAUCUGUGUCACAUCCCCAUAAGCCAGAUUUAACUUUUGCCAAAAAAUUUCUCUUCUUUCCUUUGAUCUUGGAUUCUGCUUAUCUUGGAACUAUUUGGAGAUUGUGACAGUGUGAUAUGAUUUGAUCUUCUACUAAUUUGUUCACUUGAUCUUAACUGUACUCUUUAUUGGUUUCUUUGGAAUUUGAUUUGGUUUAACUCAAAUGGAAGAAGAUCAAGAUAUGAAGUUUGUGUGCAAGUUGUGUAACAAGAGAUAUCCAUGUGGGAAGUCACUUGGGGGUCACAUGAGGUCUCAUGAAUUUGAGGAAAAUUUUGAAGCUAAAUUGAAAAAGGUGCAAUCUUGGAGUACUAUUAAUGGGAAGAAUUUCAAAAGAGAGAAUCAAUCAAAGUUAGAACUUGGUGGUGUUUCUACUUAUGGCCUAAGAGAGAAUCCCAAGAAAACUUGGAGGGCUGAGGAUUCUAACUCCCCUUUGCCUCAAGAAAAAGUUUGUCAGCAAUGUGGAAAAGUGUUUCAAUCAAUGAAAGCCUUGUGUGGUCAUAUGGCUUGUCACUCAGAAAAAGAUAAAGGGGGUUUGAAUUUGAAAGAUGAUAACUCAUGGAGUAGUGAGAGCAAUUCAGAUACUGAAGCUGAGGAGCUGUUGAGUCCUAAGUGCAGAUCAAAGGCUAAGAGGUACAAAAAGAUUAUAGUUAAAUCUUCUAUUAGCAAGGUUAAUAAUAAUUAUAAUUGUUCGUCGUCUGUGUCUGAGAUUGAUCAUGAGCAAGAACAAGAAGAAGUAGCCAAGUGUUUGAUGCUGUUGUCAAGGGAUUCUGGGAUUUGGAAUGGUGUCAAUUCAGUUGUGGAGUCUUCUGAUAACAAUUCUAUUGUUUUAGAGACCAAAUCAUCAUCUAAUGACAUGAGAAAUGCUAGAAACAACAGUCUUAAAUGUGUCUAUAAUCAAGGUGAACAACCUCGAACCAUGAAAAAGGAAGAUAGAAACCUGGAACGCGAUAUGUUGGAUGCUGAAACUCAAUCUGAGAACUCUGAUUCCGAUUACUUCUUAGGCGAAAAUGGAAAAGUCGAUUCAGAUGGCUCUGUUGAAAGGUUCAGAGGAAAUGGUAAUUGCAAAUGGAGUACCUCUAAACUGAGCCUUGGAGCUUGGUUAGACGAGCGUAGGAAUGAUGAGAAAAAGUGCUUAAACAGAACCAAAAGAUAUCUAACAGAGUCAAGGAAGGAUUUGAGCACGAAAUAUGAACAUGAUGGUUAUGGAUUAACCUCAAAUUUUGAUAAAUGUGAAUCGAGAAAGGGAACAACGGAUCGUCAUAAGAAGAGAAAGUAUGAGUGCUUGAACUGCAAGAAGACUUUUAGUUCUUAUCAAGCUCUAGGUGGACACAGACCUUGCCACAAAAAGAUCAAUGACUAUUCUGAAUCAACAUAUGAAACUGGUGAGAAUACUCUUGGUGCUGAUAAUGAUACUAAAUGCAUUAACAUUAGCAAGCAUAAGGAGACAUAUAGCAACAAAAAACCAGCAGUUUCUACUCAAGAUGUGCCUUAUGAACCUGGGAAAAAGGUUAAACCAAAGAAAUCCAAAGGACACAAAUGCCCGUUUUGCCCUAGGAUAUUCAAGUCAGGCCAAGCUUUAGGAGGCCACAAAAGGUCACAUUUUAUUCAUGCUAAUGUCAGUGAGGAGAACUUCAAUCAAUCUUCAGCAGUCAAGCGAGAAGUUGCUGAUUUACUUGAUCUUAAUCUUCCUGCUCCAGUUGAUGAUGAGGAAGAUGAGCACGCUCGAUUCAUGUCUUGGUAGUUGGUUAUAAACAAGAAUAACAUUUGCUGGUAUGCCUGAUUCACGUUCUCUUUGCUAUGGUCAAGGCUGUCUGCAGAUGUCAGACUUGCAUUCUUUCUAAUCUGUUGGCCUCACAUUUCCUUCUAAUUUUGGCAUGUUACAAUAACAUGCUUACAUUUUUGCAAGUUAAUCAUUCACUUUUUAUGUUUUGGGACAUUCAAGUUUAGAUCAAAGUUUUGUUGUCUCUAUGAUUAA